AUGGAAAAAAUCACUCAUCUGGAAGCUCUGAUGUUUAGUGCUGUGCUGGAGAACUGUGUGGACCAACUUGCAAUUCUUGGAUAUAUCAUGCCAGUUCCACAUGAGGACAAUAACAUGGUAACACAUAAAAUGAAAGAAAUGAUCCAGGAAGAGCUGGAUAUUAACUCCCCAGAGCUUAUGUCAGCAAAGCAAGAGAGCGGGGAAAUAGUUACCUCCAUGGCCCUGAAAAACAUUGAACACAAGCAGGAGCAGGGGAAAAUUGAAGAUCAGAAAAGCACCCAGCAUUCUUCCACAAGCUUCAAGAAACGCACCACUCAGGCUGCAAAGAAGCUAAAAAAAAUUUAUGCUGACAGGCAAUAUGCAAGUGAUGUAAUUACAGUCACUAUUAAAAAUAUGGAGGAAUUUGGAACAUUUAAUAGCCUAACAGAUGCUAAUGAGAGAGAGAAGGCAAAAAAGAACAAGUUUCAUGACAUCCUCAUCAGGGAGGAAAAAGGAAAGAAGGAGAUAAAGGCACUCCAGAAACAGCUGCAAGAUGUCAAGAAACAAAUUGAUAAAGACCUUCAGAACAGAGAUGAGGCCAUCGAUCACCUCAAAGAUAAGCUUCAAGAGAACACGGCCAAAUGGAACACAGAGAGCUACUACAUGAAGAGAAACACAGAUCUCCGGAUCCACCUAACCCAGAAAAAGUGCAGCAAUGCAGAGACCGCCCUGGAGAAGGAAAUCCAGAAUUUGAAGAGCAAAACCGAUGAGGAGAUUCAACUCCACAAAGAGACUGAAAAUUUCCUCACGCAACAAUAUCACAAGGUGAAAGAGAAGCUGGAAUAUUGGAUAGAGAAGUAUAAAAAAGACACUGCUGCAAAAGAUGAAGAAAUUGAUGACCUAAAAGCAUUAAAGGCAGAGAACUUGGAAACUAUGCAGAGAUUUGCCAAAGAGUGCCUGACAUUCCGGGCAACCAUCAUCACUGACCGGACAGACAAGGAGGCUAAGAGAAAACAAAUAGAGCAGGAAGCCCUGGAGCUGAAGAGUGCCCUGAAGGUGCAGGCCUGGUGGAAAGGCACAAUGGUGCGCAGAUUCCUUGGCCCCUACCAGGAGCUUGAGAAGCAUUUGAAGGGACAGUUAGCAGAGAAAGAAGCAGGCAAGGAAAAAUCUGGAGCAAAGAGAUAA